AUGAACUUGACUUUAGUUGACUUGCAAGAGACUGAUAUUGACGACCCAAGAAACCUACUCCGUCUCCAUGGCGAUAUUGAAAACAAUUUUGACAGGUUUUUCCUCACCUUUGUUCCAUCCGGCAAUGAUUUCAUUCUAAAAGUUUUGGAUCCAACCAUACGAGGGCGGCCAUGGGGACGUCUUCUUGCCGCUCACUCCAUUCUGUCUCAUCGGAAAGCUCGAAAGGACGGCAAUCUGCCAGAAGAUCAGCUAUCCGCCGCAGAAGUUUCUGCAAAGGAGUUGAUGGAGUUUUCUCUGGACGAGCCUGCUCAAUUUCGUCUCAAAAUGAUCCUCGAUAAUCCUACCACCUAG